AUGGCGCCAAAUCCCGUCGGACCGUACCCUAGAGCCGGCAACAACAUCCGGGACAAUCCUUCGAGACUUUCCAUGGAGACCCUUCAGAGAACCGUCUCCGACAUCACCUCCGAGCAUAGCAAAGAAGCUACCCGCCAACCCGACGGCGAGGGGAGGCUGCUGCCGCUGAUCUAUGAGUUGGAGGAUGCAAAGUGCGAGUGUUGCGGGAUGUCCGAGGAGUACACGCCGGAGUACGCGAGGCGCGUUCGGGAGAAGUUCUCAGGGAAGAUGGUGUGCGGGCUUUGCGCGGAGGCGUUGCACAUGGAGAUGGAGAGAAACGGCGGGAGGAGCUGGGAGGACGCGCUCGACGCGCACAUGAGCGAGUGCAUGCUGUUCAACCGGAUUGGGUGGGCGUACCCGGUGCUCUACCAAACGGAGGCCGUGAGAGCCAUCUUGAAGAAGAGCUCGACUGGCGGCUGUUCGAGGGCUAAGUCCAUCAACCCUAGAGACAAAGGCGGACCGAAGAAAGCGCCAUCGCGAGUAGCUUGA